AUUCUAGCGAUGUCUCCAUCAAUCCAUCUUUUUUCCGUUGUGGAAACUCCAAAUCUCUCCACCACCAAAAACACACUCCUCAACAGAGACAGCAAAACUUCUCUCUCCCUCCUCUUCCUCUCUCUGCCCCCAAAUAAAGCACAGUCGUCAAAACCACCGAAAAAAGGCCAGCCACACCGGCAUCGCCCUUCCUCCUCCACCUGAAUUUUCUCCUUCUUUUCCUUCGAGGGGUGGGCUGGGAAAAGAAGGAGAGAAAAAUGACGUCCACCAUUUCGAUGAAAACCCUCUCCUCCUCCUCCUCCUCCUCCUCCUCCUCCGGCUGACGUUCUCUUUCAAGGAUUCCACCCUCUCCUCUUGGUAUUCCUUCUCCUUGAACUUCCCGGGGAAAAAAGAAGAAAGUAGUUAUAUUUCCUUUCUUUUUUUCCGGGAAACGUUUCAAGAAUUGCAAGCUUGUCCGAGCAACUCCGUUGGGUUACCAUUCGGUGAUCAGCUGAUCUGCACGGAUCAGAGAGGAGGGGAGAGAGAGAGAGAGAGAGAGAGAGAGAGAGAGAGAGAGAGAUAUCGUUCGUUCUUGUUUUUCUUCCGGGGAAAGAAAGCCACCUCUUAAUGACCCGCCAGAAGACCAAGAAUCCAUCGCCGACCACGUCGCAUCAGGUCGUGCUCCGGUCCGCGCCGGCCGACCGCCGGGAGCGGCUCCUGGGCACUCCCCCGCCGACCCCCUCGGGCGCCCGCCGCGCCCGGCUCGCCGAGGUGGCGGGCGGCUCCGCCGCCGAGUGCGCGGCCAUCUGGUGCUGCUGCCCCUGCGCGAUCGCCGACUUCGUCCUGCUCGCGGUCUACCGGGUCCCCGCGGGGCUGUGCCGCCGCGCCCUGAGGAAGCGCCGCCGGCGGAGGCUGACGAGGCAGGUGGCGUUCGCGUCCAAGAGGGGAGCGAGGAGCGGCAAGAAGCGCGCGUCGGGGCACGAUGGGGCCGACGACGACGACGACGACGACGACGACGACGGGAGGACGCCCCGCCAUCGGUGAUAACGCUGGAAAAGUUGCUGGAGAGGAGGGGCGGCGCGGCGGAGGAGAUGGAGGAGGAGAUGUGGAAGAGAUUCGGGAACAUGGGGUUCUGGAGGAGCCCUUCUCGAGGGCUGGUGGAGGAGGAGGAGGAGGAGGAGGAGGAGAGGGAGGGAAUCUGUAAUACCAUGCAAAAUUCGAAGAGAUUUUAGGUGAAGCCGACGAGAAUUUCCACCUUUCUCCCUUCGCCUCGAUUUAUAAAAUACGUACGUCUUCGUAUAUCUGCACUGGUUUUAUAUAGUUCGAUGGAGGAUGAUGAAUUAUUUAUUUAUUAUACACGAAUGAGAACUUGGUGUAAUUAUAUAUGACAAUUGUAUAUGAGGAUUUAAAUCAAACCCAGUCUUUCCUUUGCGUCUUCU